AUGGCCAAGGCUCUAAAAGUGGUCGUUGUGGCUAGAUCUGUGAACAAUGUGGAGGCCUGGGCCACGGGUGUGAAAACGGCAAAGAGCAAUCGCACUGUUGCCUCAGGGGGCACCGACGCACCAGCCCUCAACGCUCCUUCGGCCCGCGCAAACCGAGCCGGCUGUUGUGGCACCUGCCCCAAAGGCGGCUAUAGUCCAGACUACUCCACCUACUCUUGGACAGAGGCCGGAGACUCCCGGGUCCUCAGGUGUCAAGGCCUCGCCUCACCAGGCGAGGCCAAGAGUGGGCAUCCAGUGCCCCUAAGGGCGCUGGAUGCCCACUCAGAGUUGCGUCAACUGGGAACAAUGCUGUACCGCAGGCAACACUUGGACGAUGAAGAUAACACCAAUGCUGCGACCCAGCUUCUUGACUGUGCCGCACCUACAUUCUGGCUGUUCGUUGUAACCGUCUUCACCCUUCUGGCUUGCUCGGCUACUGCCAAAAAAGAAAAAGAGGACGUCGAAGGCCGUGGUGGUCUUCUUGGAGGUCCGGGUCUCAUUGUAUAUGAUGGCUAUGGCCAAAGACUGGUCGGCGCUGGUAAUCCGGCUCUCCUUGGAACCGUUGGUUCUGGUGUCGUCGCGUCCGGCUACGGGGGACCUGCUGGCGUAGUUGGUUCAGGUGUGGUUGCUCCUGUUGGCAUAGUUGGACCUGAAGUAUAUGCGCCGGCAGUCGUUCCAGUAAGCCUCGGAGAACCCGGUUACAUUGGAGUUGGUUUCGGAGGUGGUUACGAAGAUGGUUACGGAGCUGCACACGGAGCUGUUGCCGGUGGCGAUCAAGCCGGCUUCCAGAAGGGAGCCGCUGGCCAUGCCCAGGGCUCGGGAAGGUACGCUGGAGGUACCAUCCACAGGAACGUGCAGGCUUACAACAGCCAGCAGGGCUACAGCUACACCUCUGGCUUCUCUGCUAGCGAUACAAAGACUUUCGGCACUGGCCACCAGCAGGGAUUAACGGGAUACGUCAACGGUGCAGCUGGACAACAGGCUGGAUUUGGCAAGAGCCUCCAUGGAGCCGCUGGUGGCUUCGGUGGAGUUGGUUAUGGCAUUCACGGCUAAAGAAACGACGCUCGGACCCUUCUCGAUCUUGGCAACACAUCUGUUUUCCCUCACGAACACCGAUGGACAUUCAACUGUUUUGUUGUGCAAUAAAUGUUGCAGCACAAAAAAAAAAACCACACGCUUGUUCAGUUUUCUUUUCACAUAUUUUCAUAAUUCGAUACUCGAAAAAGCUUAUCAUAGGGAUCGCCAUCCCUCAUUGAAUUUUCUUGAAUACGGAAUGAGCCUUCACGAAUAAUGAAGGUAUACAUGUUUCAAUAAGCACUUUACUGGGUGGAG